UUUUUUUUAUUAUUUAUUUUUUUAUUUAUUUUAAACAUGAUAACCAAUAAGGUAUUGAUUUUAUAUUGUCCAUUUAAGCCAGAUCAACCCAUUCCAAAUGUUGAUCAAGUUACAUUAAAAGGAUCUUCAGGUCAAAUUGCUUUGGAAGAAACAGCCAAUUCUUCUAAAUUGGAUAUACUUCAAUUAUUAGGUUUAUAUGAUAUAAAAAGUAAUAACAGUCUUCAAGCAAGGUUUAAAGAAAGAUUCAAUGAUAUGUCAUUGGCUAUUAUAUCAAAUUCAACAUUGGCUAUAAACAUAGCAAUUGAAUUGAAUUGUAUUCAACAUUCUAUUAUAGAAUCAACAUCUGCUUUUGUAGCCUAUAUAAAUGAUUUGAAAGUAGAUGUCAUCUUUAUUGAUUUUACUGACUACUGUGAUAAUAAAGCAUGGAAAAUGAUAGAUGAAUUAGUAUUUUAUUAUCAAGAUGUAUUCAUUCAAUAUAUCAUUUCUCCACCAAGUCCUGUAAUAGGCAAAGAAGAAGAAGAAGAAGAAAUAAUGGAUAUUAAGCCUAUUCAAAGCUACUUGAUUAAAGAUGGAACAUUGAUUAAGUCAAUAUCAUCUUUCUUGUUUUAUUCUUCUAUUGGAUUUAAUCGUAAAGAUACAACUACAAAAUACUCUUUUAUAAAUAAUAAGAAUGUCAUUCUUGCAUGGCAUUUAAUGGCUGAAAUAGGAUAUAAAUUAGGCUUUAUUCAAAAAUAUGGCACAUAAAAUAAAAUCUCCUUUUUCUU